AUGUCUUCAAAUAAAUCAUUUGAAUAUUCAGCAUGUGUAACAACAGUAUCAACUGAUGAAGUUGCGCGCAAAUUAGCUCGUUCAUUGAUUGAAGCUCAUCUUGCUACUUGUGUCAAUAUAAUUCCAAGUGUUCGAUCGAUUUAUGAAUGGCAAUCAAAGAUUCAUGAAGAUAAUGAACUUAUUUUAAUGAUUAAAAUACGAAAAGAAUAUAAUCAAUCAUAUGAUGUACCAGAAUUAAUCGAAUUACCGAUUACUAGUGGAAAUCCUGAUUAUCUUAAAUGGAUUGAUGGAAUUGUCAAACAACAAUCAUCAACAUAA